AUGGCGUCCAUGAACUACUACUCUUUGGUGUUGGUGGUGGUUGCAUUGGUCUGGGCACCGCUGGCCGCCGUGGCCGGCGACCCAGACAUCCUUGGUGACUUCAUUGUGCCGGCGCCGAUGGUUGGCAUGCCGCCGACGAACAUCACUGGUGACUUCUUCACCUACACUGACUUCCGCGCCGCAAACGAGACAAUGCCGUGGCCUCCACAGUAUUUCGUUGUGAUCAAGGCCAAUAUGGGGGUGUUCCCUGCGCUCAACGGGCAGAGUGUAUCCUAUGCCAUGCUCGUGUUCCCCUCCGGAUACGUCAACCCGCCGCACACCCACCCGCGCGCCGCUGAGUUGCUGUUUGUCCAGAGCGGCGCGCUCUCCGUCGGGUUUGUUGACACUGCCGGUAAGCUCUACACACAGGACCUCAUGGCCGGCGACUUAUUUGUGUUCCCCAAGGGCCUCGUCCACUACCAGUACAACCAGGGCCCCAACCCUGCCACCGCGUUCUCGGCCUUUGGCAGCGCCGCCCCUGGCACCGUGAAUGUGCCUGCCUCCGUGUUCGGCACCGGCAUUGACGGCGUUGUGCUUGCCAAGUCGUUCAAGACUGACUUUUGGACGGUGCAGAAGCUCAAGGCAGCGCUCACUCCACCACCCAAGAAGUGA